GAAGUCGCCGUGUGUGUGUGAGAGAAUUUAGCUCGUCGCUGCUCCUUCAAUGACUUACUCACACACUCCCAUCUCUCACUUCACUUUUCCCUGUACCAGCAACUCUCCGCAAACGCUAUGUCCCGUGUGUGAAAUCCUCUUGUCGACGGACUAACUUGAAACCUACACUCUGUCGGAGGGAAACUGAGAGAUUUUCUUUGUCGCAGGAGUGUGUGGGAGCAUCAUGUGGAGGAAGGCUUCGGCAGUGGCCCUGCUGGCGUUAGCUGUUGGAUAUUUCUAUCAUGGCAGGCUGAACUUGCCCGAGCAGAUUUCUCAGUAUGUCAGCCUGCCAAUUUUUCACUCAUCUCCAAGUCUUGACACCCAAAACGGCGGCGUGGAGCAGGUGAUCUCGACUGCCUGGGAAACUCUCAUAACUUUACCAACACGUCAGUGGAGCAGAGUGGCUGUAGGUGUGAAUGCCUGUGUAGAUGUGGUCGUCUCUGGAGUGGGACUGCUGCAGGCUUUGGCUGUGGAUCCUGGCACCGGCCUGGAUCAUGAAGUUUUGCACUCUAAAGAUGACUUGAAGGAAGCCUUCAUCCAUUACAUGGGACGUGGAGCAGCUGCCGAGCGCUUCUUCAGUAACAAAGAGGCCUUUCAGUGGAUUGCGCGUGCAGCAGCAGAAUACCCUGGUGCAAAGUUGUAUGUGGGAGGAAAUGCUGCUCUUAUUGGCCAGAAGCUCGCCUCCUACCCCGAUUUAAUGGUUUUGUUAUGUGGGCCAGUUGGUCCUAAACUUCAUGAGAUGCUGGAUGAGCAGAUCAUCGUUCCCCCAGACUCACUGCAAGAGACGGAUGAAUAUCACCUCAUCCUGGAAUAUAAAGCAGGAGAACAAUGGGGCUCGACUCAGGCACCACAAGCAAACCGCUUCAUCUUCUCUCAUGAUGUCUCCAACGGGGAGAUGAGCUCAUUGGAGACAUUCGUGGCGAGUCUGGACGAGUUUGAGCCCGACCUGGUCGUCCUGUCAGGUCUACACAUGAUGGAGGGUCAGGGCAGACAGCUGUGGGAGGAGCGACUGAAGGAGGCUGUGUCGGCCAUAGCUGACAUCCAUAAAGAUAUCCCUAUCCACCUGGAGUUGGCCAGCUUGACCGACAAAGACUACAUGAACAGUAUAAUGCAGGAGCAGGUUAUGCCCAUUGUCAGCUCCAUUGGGCUGAAUGAGCAGGAGCUGCUCUUCCUCUCUCAGGCAGGUGAAGGGCCUCAUUCAGAUUUGGCUGCCUGGCAAGGCAUCCCAGACGUGGGCCAGGUCAGUGACAUUCUCUACUGGGUCCUGGAGCAGCAUGGCCGCAUUGAGCCAUCAUCAGAGGCGGACCUCACUCGCAUUCACUUCCACACACUGGCCUACCAUGUCCUGGCUACAGUGGAUGGAUACUGGGGGAACCAGGCAGCAGCAGUGAUGGCUGGUGCAAGAGUGGCGAGCAGUCAGGCCUGUGGUCUCCAGUCUGUCGAUGUUAGCAAAGUGGAGCUCAAAGUUCAGCUAGAGUUUCCCAGCUCACACUUUGAGCCACGAGAGAAGUUGACCCUGAACCCAGCAGAGCCUGUUACAGUGUGGCGACGAGGAAACAUCACCUUCCAUCUCACACCAGUGCUGGUUUGCAAACAGCCACUCCGGACAGUUGGACUUGGGGACGCCAUCUCAGCAGAGGGACUAGUUUACUCAGAGUUAAAGACCCAGCAGCCCUUCUGAGGUUUACUUAACUCUGUCACUAUCUGGAAAAAUAUUGACCGGGUGGUUGACUGAGGCUUGGUGAAGGUCCAUCUGCAGGUGUGGUUGUUGGGUUGGAGUCAUGUUUCCAAAACACUUCAAACCUCUUGUGUUCUGAACCAAUUCUUAUCUCAGUCUAAGAAUGUGACCAAUGGUGGCAAUUUGAAUUCCUGUCAAGUGACUCCUCCAGCCCGCUUCGAUCUCCUAGUUUAGAAACUGAGACAGAACUGGAUCUAGGCUGUGAGGUGGCCUAUGCACUUGGCACAGAUAUAAGCCAUCUUCACAAAUAAUAUACAGACAGAAAACUCCAAAGAGUUUGUUGGCUCAUUUUAUUUACUUUGACCUGCAUAUCUUUAAGUAUGCUGUGCCUUUAAAAAAUUAAAAGUUAUAAAUAUUUUAUUCCUGUUUCAGAGCCAAGCAAACAUUUGUGAGUUAUAGAUGUAAAAACACAUACAGUAUAUGAGUGUAUAUGUAAAUGUUUGACUGGAAACAAAUAGGCAUCUUACUUUAUGGUAGACUCCACUUUAUGUUUUUCAUGUUUGUUUCUCUUAAUAAUGUCAGGAAAACACUUGAACACUCAUUCGAUCAUGUUAUCUGACUUGUCCAGAUACUUGUCAUCUAUGUUACUGCGAGGAUGAAAAUACUAGAGUGCCAGCUUUUGUGUUUUCUCAGGUUUUUGGUCCAAACACUCCCACUAUAAAGAUGAUGCAGUUAAGAGACCACAUUAAGACGAUGAGAGAGAUCAUCAUGUCAGUUUCUUGCUCUACAUUAUGAAUUGUGAAUGCAUGGUUCUUUUUUUUUUUUUUUUAAAUAUUUAUGCAGUAAGGCUUGAUCAACAAAUGAAUAAUUACAAGAUUAAAUCGGUGAGUUAACGGUAAAACAAAUUUAUAAUCGUGGUGAUGAUCUUGCAUUAUUUGGUUGAUAUCGUUUUUUUAUUCAUGUUUCUACCCUCGCAUCUAGUGUGAUUGUGUAACAUGGUUGGCUGGAAAAUAUCUAAACCUUCCGAUUCACAUUCUAACAUGCAAUUAAAUGAUGCUGUUUUGUUGGUAGUUUAUAAUUUGUAAGUUUCUUUCAGAAUGCUUAGGCCAUGUUAGAUGUACUGUAUGUAACAGAACAUAGUUGGGUUCAUGUGUUGUGUUUGUAUACCUCAAAUGGCCACUGAAGGCAUGCAAUAAUUAUAGUCUUAAAUAAUGCAAACAUACAACAAAAACAAUGUAUGGCAUUUAGCAGAUUUAAUUCUUUGCACUAGUGGAAAGUGGCAGGAUAGGUGAAUGUAACCCCCCCAUCCAGUCACACACAUAUUUUAGCAAGUACAAUCUGUUCAACUCUUCUUUUUUCAUAGAUUGUCUCAUGUUUUAUUUUAAUUUUUUAACAUUUAUAACUGUCAAGUUUCAUUUGCGUGUAGUUUGUCAUUAAAAGAUGUAUGAACAGUAAA